AUGUCUGGUAAUAACAACAACAACUCCGGCAACACCGGUGGCUCCAAGGGCUCUACCCCAAUGGGCCAGUCUGAUGCUAGCAGGAUCCAAUCCUCGCAGGCCAAGUCCGGCGGAGACAUGUCUUCCGGCGGCUUCGCUGCUCGCGCCCAGGGUGCCGGAGACCGCAACGCGAACGCUGGCGGUCAACAGAGCGGCGGCACCAAGAAGUGA